GCAUCUUGCCGCAGCCAGCAGUGUCGCUCGUCUGCCUCUGAAGACGCUACGAGUCGCGCCAUGUCUGGUAAGGGUGAAAGCAUCCAGGACCACUUGUUCCAUUACUACCCGGAAUACACACUGGGGAUGACGGGGGAUGUCGCCUGUGACUCGUACCACAAGUACAAGGAGGACGUGCAGAUGCUGAAGAACAUAAACGCGAACGUGUACCGCUUCUCGGUUUCCUGGCCACGCAUCCUUCCAACUGGGGACCUUGACGUCAUCAACCAGCCGGGUAUCGACUACUACAACAACCUCAUCAACGAGUUGCUCGCCAACGGAAUCCAGCCUCUGGUAACGAUGUACCACUGGGACCUGCCUCAAGCGCUGCAGUACCUCGGAGGCUGGCCCAACCAACUGAUGGCCGACUACUUUGUGGAGUACGCCAGGAUACUGUUUGAAAACUUCGGAGACAGGGUGAAGUGGUGGACCACGUUCAACGAACCGGCCUACUUCUCCAAUGCGUACGCGGCCAUAGGCAUGGCUCCCUCACAGAACGCCUCCGGCAUCGGCGACUACCUGUCCACCCACACGGUGAUCAAGGCGCACGCCCGCGUCUGGCACCUGUACGACGAGCAGUACAGGCCGACACAGAACGGUAGCGUGGGAAUCACACUUAAUAUUAAUGGUCUCGAGCCGGCUACUAAUUCGACAGAGGAUGCAGAAGCUAGCGACAGAGCCCGCCAGUUCCAGAUGGGCAUCUUCGCUCACCCUAUCUUCAGUGCAGACGGGGACUACCCGGCUGUGGUAAGAGAGAGGGUGGACGCCAACAGCGCAGCAGAGGGGAGACCCCGGUCCAGGCUGCCGUCCUUCACGCAGGAAGAGGUCGAGUACAUCAGGGGCUCGGCAGACUUUAUCGGACUGAACCACUACAGCACAGACUUCGUGACGUCGGGUGAGAAAGGCACAUCGCCGUCUAAAAGCCGCGACACCGGCGUCGUCACCUCGCGUAACGAGGCAUCGCCCUCGGCAUUCCGAAGUUUAUUGAACUGGAUUGCUAACGAAUACCCAGGAUACCCGAUAAUUAUAACUGAGAAUGGAUGGAAGGAUAAAGGAGGACGCAAUGAUACUGACAGGAUCGAUUACUAUAUCGGUUUCUUGGGAGCUCUCCUGGAAGCUGUAAACACGGACGGAGUUCCAGUGAUCGGGUACACGACGUGGUCUCUCAUGGACAACCUGGAAUGGAAUUUAGGAUUCACGGUUAAGCUCGGAGUGUACGAGGUGGAUUUCAGCAGUCCAAACAGAACGAGAACCCCCAAGGAUUCGGCCGCCUUUAUAGCAGAAGUCUACGGAAGCGGGCAGCUUCCAGAACAGUACAUUUGGUAG